AUAUUCCCUUAGCUUUUUCUCUUUAUUUAUUUUCUUUCUUCUUUCUGAGUUUUUGUUUGAUCCUACUAACUCUGUAUUUUUCUUAUGGAUUCGUCAUCUAGAUUUAACUCUUACAAAGAUUUUAGUAUCUUUACCUUUCAAAUCUUCAAAAACUAGGGUUUUUACUGUCUUCAAAAUCAUAUUAUUCUUCUAAAUUUAGCAAAAAGAACACAUUUUUCUUUCCAUUUCAGUCGUCUUGUCACUCUCUCUCUCUUCUUUAAAGUCUCCCUUUUUAGCAAAACACCUCUCUCUCCUCUCCCUCACAAUUUCUUUCCUUCUGGGUUCUUCUUCUUUCUCCUUUUUUUCUCUCUCUUUUCUCUUCUCUUUUCUCUUCUCUUUAGUCAUCACACAUUCUUGAAUCUUAAUUCAAGAUCUUCCUCCUGUUCAUCAGAUUAAUCCCUUUUGGGAUUUUCGGAUCAACUUAAAGUUCUUUCUCUAGGGUUUUUCUUUCCUUUUUUAGGAUGGCGAGAGAGAAGAUUCAGAUCAGGAAAAUCGACAACGCGACGGCGAGACAAGUAACGUUCUCAAAACGAAGAAGAGGUCUUUUCAAAAAAGCUGAAGAGCUCUCCGUUCUCUGCGACGCUGAUGUUGCUCUCAUCAUCUUCUCUUCCACUGGAAAGCUCUUUGAGUUUUGUAGCUCCAGCAUGAGGGAAGUGUUAGAGAGGCAUAACUUGCAGUCAAAGAACUUGGAGAAGCUUGAUCAACCAUCUCUUGAGUUACAGCUAGUCGAGAACAGCGAUCACGCCCUGUUGAGCAAAGAGAUUGCGGAAAAGAGCCACCGAUUAAGGCAAAUGAGAGGAGAGGAACUUCAAGGACUUAACAUUGAAGAACUUCAACAGCUGGAAAAGGCCCUUGAAUCCGGUUUGACUCGCGUAAUUGAAACAAAGAGUGAAAAGAUUAUGAAUGAGAUCAGUUACCUUCAAAGAAAGGUAAGAAGCAAAACAACGUUUUAUCUUUACUUCUUGAUUCAAAUAAUUUUGGCAAUAACAAGUUACAAAUUUCUCUUUUCCAAGGGAAUGCAACUGAUGGAUGAGAACAAGCGGCUAAGGCAGCAAGGGACACAGUUAACAGAAGAGAACGAGCGACUAGGUCAGCAGAUAUACAAUAAUGUGCAUGAAAGAUACGGUGGUGGUGAAUCAGAGAACAUUGCCGUUUACGAGGAAGGACACUCGUCGGAGUCCAUUACUAACGCUGGAAAUUCCACCGGCGCUCCUGUUGACUCCGAGAGCUCCGAUAUCUCCCUUAGGCUCGGCUUACCGUAUGGUGGUUAGAGGUGGAAUAAUACAAAGAAGUUGAUGGAGCGAGGAGUCUAAUGUAAACCCUUUCAACUCUAAUAACAAGAGACAAUAUAGUAGUUCUCAUAUGUUUGUUGUAAGUUUCUGUCCGAGGAAGAUGUUUUCCUUUUUCGAGUUUCAUUAUAUGUUAUCUCUCUCCAGUGCAUUUCUGUUUUGUCACCACCAGAACUUUAUGGACGUGUGGUAAGUUAGUAAAUGAGUAGAAACAUUUGGAAUUUUGAUGAUUCAUUGCA